UUUCCCACAAAACCUUACUUCUUCAUUGACUUGAUCAAAGCUUCAACCAUACAUACAAAUGGCAAAUCAUAAUUCAUAAUAAGAAGAAGGGAUCAAGGAUUAACAUCUCCUCCACAAGCUAAUAAUGCCCUCAGAUAGGGAGAUUUUCGGUCUCUCAGGACCGGUCCAUCUUACCGCUCUUGAUUGGAAAAACCCAAUUCACCGGAGAUCUGUUGCAGCCAGUCUAGUUCAGGGAGUCUACAUCCAAGAACGUGACCGCCAACAGAGCCGCCUUGGGCCUGAAUCCCUGGCACCCCCUUGGUGGGAAUUCUUCCAUUUUCAGCUCAACCACAUACUGCUUGACGAAUCAGAUCUCUCCAUUUUCGGUGCCAUAUACGAAUCCAAGUUAUGGAACCCACAUCACAAUUAUCCCGGCCAGAGCCCUCCAAAAUAUGUCAUUGCCUUUCGUGGAACAAUCACAAAAAAACACACCAGAAUGCAGGAUCUAAAGCUCGACCUACAUUUACUCGCCGAUAAACUUCAACAUACCCCCCGCUUCAAGCUAGCAAUGGCAACCAUUCAAGACAUGAUCAAGAAUGUCGGCGCAGCCAAUUUUUGGGUAACGGGUCAUUCUCUAGGAUCGGCAAUCGGACUUCUGGCCGGGAAAAACAUAGUGAGGAAGGGUUUGGGGUUUAUCGAGAGUUACUUGUUCAAUCCGCCUUUUGUCUCGGCUCCAAUAGGGAAGAUCAAGAACGAAAAGCUUAACCACGCCGUACGGUUGGCAACGAGCUUCGUGACGGCGGGUGUAUCCGCGGCGGUACACGGCGGCGGCGGCGAGGGUGAAAUGGGAUUCGAGUGUUUGUCGGAGUGGAUUCCUUAUUUGUUUGUGAAUUCGUAUGAUCCGAUUUGUAUGGAGUAUGUUGGGUAUUUCGAACAUAGAGUGAAGAUGGAAGAAGCCGGUGCCGGUGCCGGAAGGAUAGGACGGUUGGCGACGCAGAACUCGAUAAUAGGGAGUUUGAUUGGAGGAGGAAGAAGAAGGCGGGAAGAUGGGGAAACUGCGCAUCUUCUUCCAUCGGCAUUUGUGACAGUGAAUUUGAGCAAUUCGCCGGACUUGAAAACGGCUCAUGGGAUUCAUCAAUGGUGGAAUCCGCAUAUUCAGAUCGAGUCUAAGCUCUAUAAGUUUCUGGUUCCUAAUUAAUUAGACCCAAUUCUUUAAAAUUUAUGUCUGUCUAUCCAAAUUCAUGAUUAAUUUUCUUUGUGGAACUCA